GCAUUGAAAAGUCAAGACACACGAGCGGCUCGCUCGCGCUCACACACACUCACUCUCCUCCACGCGCGCAUCCCUACACCUUCCAUAUCCUGCUCCCGGCAGGAGAAGGCGGACUGACUGGGCUCAUUGAGCUGAAGAAUUUUCAGUGACAUUUGUAAAUGACGCUGCUCAAUUCGGAGCUCCGAGCCGCCGCCGCCGCCGCCGCCGCCGCCGGGCCGAUGGUGCCGCCAAGCAGUCUCCAGCGCAGGCUUCCUCACCGGGCAACCACAAUGUCCGAGUUUCUCCUCGCCUUACUCACUCUCUCGGGAUUAUUGCCUAUCGCCAAGGUGCUGACCGUCGGAGCCAACCAAGAUCAGCAUUUGUGUGAUCCUGGUGAGUUUCUUUGCCACGAUCACGUGACUUGUAUCUCCCAGAGCUGGCUGUGUGAUGGGGACCCUGACUGCCCUGAUGAUUCAGACGAGUCUUUAGACACCUCCAGAACUUGCCAGAUAGACCAAUUUUCUUGUGGAAAUGGGCGCUGCAUUCCAAGAGCAUGGUUGUGUGACAGGGAAGACGACUGUGGUGACCAGACAGAUGAAAUGGCAUCUUGUGAAUUCCCAACUUGUGAACCACUGACUCAAUUUAUAUGCAAAAGUGGAAGAUGUAUUAGCAGCAAAUGGCACUGUGACUCUGAUGAUGACUGCGGUGAUGGGAGUGAUGAAGUUGGCUGUGUUCACUCUUGCUUUGACAAUCAGUUCAGAUGUUCCAGUGGCAGAUGUAUCCCAGGCCACUGGGCCUGUGAUGGGGACAAUGACUGUGGAGACUUUAGUGAUGAAAUCCAAAUUAAUUGUACCAAAGAAGAGAUUCAUUCUCCUGCUGGUUGUAAUGAACAUGAAUUUCAUUGUCAUCCUGAUGGAAAUUGUAUUCCUGACAUGUGGCGCUGUGAUGGAGAAAAAGAUUGUGAAGAUGGUAGUGAUGAGAAAGGCUGCAAUGGCACUUUAAGAUCGUGUGACCACAAAACCAAGUUCUCCUGUCGGAAGACAGGGAGAUGCAUCAACAAGGCAUGGGUGUGUGAUGGGGAUAUCGAUUGUGAAGAUCAAUCUGAUGAAGAUGACUGUGAGAGUUUCUUGUGUGGACCACCCAAGUAUCCUUGUGCUAAUGAUACAUCAGUCUGCCUGCAGCCAGAGAAACUCUGCAAUGGGAAAAGGGACUGUCCUGAUGGAUCUGAUGAAGGGAAUCUUUGUGAUGAAUGUUCUCUGAAUAAUGGAGGCUGUAGCAACCACUGUUCUGUUGUUCCUGGAAGGGGAAUCGUCUGUUCAUGCCCUGAAGGAUUUCAACUCAAGAAAGACAACAAGACAUGUGAAAUUGUGGAUUAUUGCAGCAAUCAUCUAAAGUGCAGUCAAGUGUGUGAGCAACACAAGCACACAGUAAAAUGCUCAUGUUAUGAAGGGUGGAGGCUGGACAUGGAUGGUGAAGGUUGCACAAGUGUUGAUCCCUUUGAAGCAUUCAUCAUCUUUUCUAUUCGCCAUGAGAUCAGAAGGAUUGAUCUUCAUAAAAGAGACUACAGUCUUCUUGUUCCUGGAUUACGGAAUACAAUAGCACUUGAUUUCCACUUCAAUCAAAGUUUGCUUUAUUGGACAGAUGUUGUAGAAGACAGAAUAUACCGGGGCAAGCUCUCUGAAAGUGGAGGUGUUAGUGCAAUCGAAGUGGUUGUAGAACAUGGUUUAGCGACCCCAGAAGGACUAACAGUCGAUUGGAUAGCAGGCAACAUAUACUGGAUAGACAGCAAUCUUGACCAAAUUGAAGUGGCCAAACUGGAUGGUUCAUUAAGAACUACACUAAUAGCAGGAGCCAUGGAACACCCUCGGGCCAUUGCUUUGGACCCAAGAUAUGGAAUUCUUUUCUGGACUGAUUGGGAUGCCAAUUUUCCUCGCAUUGAAUCUGCCUCUAUGAGUGGUGCUGGAAGAAAAACUAUCUAUAAAGACAUGAAAACUGGGGCUUGGCCUAAUGGACUCACCGUGGACCACUUUGAAAAAAGAAUAGUUUGGACAGAUGCCAGGUCAGAUGCUAUUUAUUCAGCCCUCUAUGAUGGAACAGGCAUGAUAGAAAUCAUCCGAGGUCAUGAGUACCUCUCUCAUCCUUUUGCUGUAUCUCUAUAUGGAAGUGAGGUCUACUGGACAGAUUGGAGGACCAAUACAUUGUCUAAAGCCAACAAGUGGACAGGACAGAAUGUCAGUGUGAUUCAAAAAACCAGUGCACAGCCAUUUGAUCUUCAGAUAUACCACCCCAGUCGUCAGCCACAAGCUCCCAAUCCCUGUGCAGCUAAUGACGGCAAAGGCCCCUGCUCUCACAUGUGUCUGAUCAAUCAUAAUAGGAGUGCUGCUUGUGUGUGCCCCCACUUGAUGAAGCUUUCCACUGACAAGAAGACCUGCUAUGAAAUGAAAAAAUUUCUUCUUUAUGCAAGGCGUUCUGAAAUCAGAGGAGUGGAUAUUGAUAAUCCAUAUUUUAACUUUAUCACGGCAUUUACAGUCCCUGAUAUUGAUGAUGUUACUGUGAUAGACUUCGAUGCAUCUGAAGAACGUUUAUAUUGGACAGAUAUUAAAACACAAACCAUUAAACGAGCUUUUAUUAAUGGAACUGGAUUAGAAACUGUUAUUUCAAGAGAUAUUCAGAGUAUCAGAGGGCUAGCAGUGGAUUGGGUCUCACGGAAUUUAUACUGGAUUAGCUCAGAACUUGAUGAAACACAAAUUAAUGUGGCACGACUUGAUGGCUCUUUGAAAACUUCAAUUAUCCACGGAAUCGAUAAGCCACAAUGUCUUACAGCUCACCCAGUCAGGGGGAAGCUCUACUGGACAGAUGGAAACACAAUUAACAUGGCGAACAUGGAUGGCAGUAAUAGCAAGAUUCUCUUUCAGAAUCAGAAGGAGCCAGUCGGUCUAUCGAUAGACUAUGUGGAAAACAAGCUUUAUUGGAUCAGUUCAGGAAAUGGAACUAUAAAUAGAUGCAACCUGGAUGGCGGUAAUUUAGAAGUAAUAGAGUCAAUGAAAGAAGAAUUAACAAAAGCUACAGCCCUAACCAUCAUGGAUAAGAAAUUGUGGUGGGCAGAUCAAAGCUUAGCUCAGCUGGGAACCUGCAGCAAAAGAGAUGGAAGAAACCCCACAGUCCUAAGAAAUAAGACUUCUGGGGUUGUUCAUAUGAAAAUAUAUGAUAAAGAGGCACAGCAAGGUAGCAAUUCCUGCCAACUAAAUAAUGGUGGAUGCUCUCAGCUUUGUUUGCCAACAUCUGAAAGUACAAGAACUUGCAUGUGUACUGUGGGAUAUUAUCUCCAAAAGAAUCGAAUGUCAUGUCAAGGUAUAGAGUCAUUUCUUAUGUAUUCUGUUCACGAAGGAAUCAGGGGAAUACCUCUGGAACCAAGUGACAAAAUGGAUGCUUUAAUGCCUAUAUCAGGAACUUCAUUUGCUGUGGGAAUAGAUUUCCAUGCAGAAAAUGAUACAAUCUACUGGACAGACAUGGGCUUCAAUAAAAUUAGCCGAGCUAAAAGAGAUCAGACUUGGAAAGAAGAUAUCAUUACCAAUGGCUUGGGAAGAGUGGAAGGAAUAGCUAUUGACUGGAUUGCUGGUAAUAUAUACUGGACAGAUCAUGGUUUCAACUUAAUUGAAGUUGCAAGACUCAAUGGCUCUUUCCGUUAUGUCAUUAUUUCCCAAGGCCUGGAUCAACCAAGAUCAAUAGCUGUGCACCCAGUAAAAGGCUAUUUGUUCUGGACUGAAUGGGGACAGAUGCCCUGCAUUGGAAAGGCUCGCUUAGAUGGCUCAGAGAAGGUUGUCCUUGUCAGCAUGGGGAUAGCAUGGCCAAAUGGCAUCUCCAUUGACUAUGAGGAAAAUAAAUUGUACUGGUGUGAUGCUCGUACAGACAAGAUAGAAAGAAUCGACCUUGAAACUGGUGGGAGCCGCGAGGUGGUACUGUCAGGGAGCAACGUGGAUAUGUUUUCAGUUGCAGUCUUUGGGGCUUAUAUCUACUGGUCUGACAGAGCACAUGCCAAUGGAUCUAUACGAAGGGGCCACAAGAAUGAUGCCACAGAGACUGUAACUAUGAGAACUGGUCUUGGAGUGAACCUGAAGGAGAUUAAAAUCUUUAACCGAGUAAGAGAGAAAGGGACCAAUGUUUGCACCAAGGGCAAUGGUGGAUGCCAGCAACUUUGUCUUUAUAGAGGAAAUUCUCAGAGAACUUGUGCUUGUGCCCAUGGCUAUUUGGCAGAGGAUGGAGUUACUUGCCUAAGGCAUGAAGGUUAUUUGCUGUAUUCAGGGAGAACGAUAUUAAAAAGUAUACAUCUUUCUGAUGAAACCAAUUUAAAUUCACCAAUAAGGCCAUAUGAGAAUCCAGAUUACUUCAAGAAUAUCAUAGCAUUGGCUUUUGACUAUGAUCAAAGAAGGAAAGGUACCAAUCGUAUUUUCUACAGCGAUGCACACUUUGGAAAUAUACAGCUUAUUAAAGAUAACUGGGAAGACAGACAAAUCAUUGUUGAAAAUGUGGGUUCUGUUGAAGGCCUUGCCUAUCACAGAGCCUGGGAUACAUUGUACUGGACCAGCUCCACUACCUCGUCCAUCACCAGACACACAGUGGCCCAGACCAGGCCAGGAGCCUUCCACAGAGAAGCAGUCAUCACCAUGUCGGAGGACGAUCAUCCACACGUGCUGGCCCUGGAUGAAUGCCAAAAUUUAAUGUUCUGGACCAACUGGAAUGAGCAACAUCCAAGUAUCAUGAGAUCUACCCUGACUGGAAAGAAUGCUCAUGUGGUGAUCAGUACAGAUAUACUCACUCCCAAUGGACUCACCAUAGACCACCGUGCAGAGAAGCUGUAUUUUUCAGACGGCAGCCUAGGAAAAAUUGAAAGGUGUGAAUAUGACGGAUCCCAGAGACAUGUGAUUGUCAAAUCUGGGCCAGGGACUUUCCUCAGCCUUGUUGUUUAUGACAAUUACAUCUUCUGGUCAGACUGGGGGAGAAGAGCUAUCCUGCGUUCCAACAAAUACACAGGAGGAGACACAAAAAUUCUUCGUUCAGAUAUUCCACAUCAACCGAUGGGAAUCAUCGCUGUUGCCAAUGACACAAAUAGUUGUGAACUUUCUCCAUGUGCAUUAUUGAAUGGAGGUUGCCAUGACCUAUGUCUUUUAACUCCUGAUGGGAGAGUGAAUUGUUCCUGUAGGGGGGAUCGAAUAUUGCUAGAUGACAACAGAUGUGUGACUAAAAAUUCCUCCUGUAACAUUUAUUCAGAGUUUGAGUGUGGAAAUGGUGAGUGUGUUAACUACCAGCUCACCUGUGAUGGCAUUCCGCACUGCAAGGAUAAAUCAGAUGAAAAGCUGCUCUACUGUGAAAACAGAAGCUGUCGAAAAGGUUUCAAGCCCUGCUACAAUCGUCGCUGCAUCCCUCACAGCAAGUUAUGUGAUGGUGAAAAUGACUGUGGAGACAACUCUGAUGAAUUAGACUGUAAAGUUUCAACCUGUGCCGCUGUUGAGUUCCGCUGUGCAGAUGGGACUUGCAUUCCAAGAUCAGCACGGUGCAACCAGAACAUAGAUUGUGCAGAUGCUUCGGAUGAAAAGAACUGCAAUAAUACAGACUGCACAUAUUUCUAUAAACUUGGAGUGAAAACCACAGGGUUCAUAAGAUGUAAUUCUACCUCACUGUGUGUUCUGCCAACCUGGAUAUGUGAUGGAGCUAAUGACUGUGGAGACUAUUCAGAUGAAUUGAAAUGUCCAGUUCAAAACAAACACAAAUGUGAAGAAAAUUAUUUUGGUUGUCCUAGUGGAAGAUGCAUUUUGAGUACCUGGGUAUGUGAUGGUCAGAAAGAUUGUGAGGAUGGACUUGAUGAAUUCCACUGUGAUUCUUCUUGCUCUUGGAACCAAUUUGCUUGCUCAGCACACAAAUGUAUUUCUAAACACUGGAUUUGCGAUGGAGAGGAUGAUUGUGGAGAUGGAUUAGAUGAAAGUGAUAAUAUUUGUGGAGCCAUCACCUGUGCGGCCGACAUGUUCAGCUGCCAAGGCUCCCACGCCUGUGUGCCCCGACACUGGCUUUGCGAUGGUGAAAGGGACUGCCCAAAUGGAAGUGAUGAGCUCUCCACAGCAGGCUGCGCUCCCAAUAACACAUGUGAUGGAAACACAUUCAUGUGUCAUAAUAAAGUGUGCAUUCCCAAGCAAUUUGUUUGUGAUCAUGAUGAUGACUGUGGGGAUGGCUCUGAUGAGUCCCUACAAUGUGAGUACCGAAAAUGUAAUGCAGAAGAAUUUAAUUGUGCUGAUGGACGAUGUCUUUUAAAUAAUCAGUGGCAGUGUGAUGGAGACUUUGACUGCCCUGACCAUUCUGAUGAAGCACCUUUAAACCCAAAGUGUAAAAAUGCAGAACAGUCAUGCAACAGUUCAUUUUUUAUGUGCAAAAAUGGCAGGUGCAUUCCCAGUGGAGAUCUUUGUGACAAUAAGGAUGACUGUGGUGAUGGCUCAGAUGAGAAAAACUGCCAUAUAAAUGAAUGUCUGAGUAGGAAAAUGAGUGGAUGUUCUCAGGACUGUCAGGACCUUCCAGUAAGUUAUAAGUGCAAAUGCUGGCCUGGAUUUCAACUGAAGGAUGAUGGUAAAACAUGUGUAGACAUUGAUGAAUGCUCUUCAGGCUUUCCAUGUAGCCAGCAAUGCAUCAAUACAUAUGGGACCUACAAGUGCCUCUGUACAGAUGGGUAUGAAAUACACCCUGAUAACCCAAAUGGCUGCAAAUCACUAUCAGAGGAGGAACCUUUUCUAAUUCUUGCUGAUCAUCAUGAGAUAAGAAAAAUUAGCACUGAUGGCUCCAACUACACACUUUUGAAACAGGGAUUAAACAACGUUAUUGCUAUAGACUUUGAUUAUAGGGAUGAAUUCAUCUACUGGAUUGAUUCUAGUCGACCCAAUGGCAGCCGCAUAAAUAGAAUGUUUUUAAAUGGAAGUGAUAUUAAGGUAGUGCAUAAUACAGCUGUCCCCAAUGCACUUGCUGUUGAUUGGAUUGGAAAAAACCUCUAUUGGUCUGACACAGAAAAAAGGAUCAUUGAAGUGUCCAAACUCAAUGGCUUGUACCCUACUAUACUCGUUAACAAACGGCUGAAGUUUCCCAGGGACCUGUCUUUAGAUCCUCGAGCUGGGUAUUUGUAUUGGAUUGACUGCUGUGAGUACCCUCACGUUGGCCGUGUUGGAAUGGAUGGAACCAAUCAGAGUGUUGUCAUAGAAACCAAGAUUUCUAGACCGAUGGCACUAACAAUAGAUUAUGUCAACCAUAGACUAUACUGGGCUGAUGAAAAUCACAUUGAAUUUAGCAACAUGGAUGGUUCUCACAGACACAAAGUCCCUAAUCAAGAUAUUCCAGGGGUGAUUGCACUAACAUUGUUUGAAGACUACAUCUACUGGACUGAUGGGAAAACCAAGUCACUCAGCCGUGCCCAUAAAACCUCGGGAGCAGACAGACUCUCACUGAUUAACUCAUGGCAUGCCAUCACAGAUAUCCAGGUGUAUCAUUCUUAUAGACAACCUGAUGUUUCCAAACAUCUCUGUAUGAUAAAUAAUGGAGGUUGUAGUCAUCUGUGCCUUUUAGCUCCUGGAAAGUCUCACACCUGUGCAUGUCCUACCAACUUCUAUCUUGCAGCUGACAAUAGGACUUGCUUGUCCAACUGUACAGCCAGUCAGUUUCGCUGCAAAACUGAUAAGUGUAUUCCAUUCUGGUGGAAAUGUGACACUGUGGAUGACUGUGGCGAUGGAUCUGAUGAGCCAGAUGACUGUCCUGAAUUUAAAUGUCAGCCAGGUCGGUUUCAGUGUGGAACUGGACUCUGUGCACUGCCUGCCUUUAUCUGUGAUGGAGAGAAUGACUGUGGAGACAAUUCUGAUGAACUCAAUUGUGAUACGCAUGUCUGCCUCUCAGGUCAGUUUAAGUGUACCAAGAACCAGAAAUGUAUUCCAGUAAACCUCAGAUGUAAUGGACAAGAUGACUGUGGGGAUGAGGAAGAUGAAAGGGACUGUCCUGAAAACAGCUGUUCUCCAGACUAUUUCCAGUGUAAAACUACCAAACAUUGCAUUUCAAAGCUGUGGGUUUGUGAUGAGGAUCCAGACUGUGCAGAUGCAUCAGAUGAAGCCAACUGUGAUAAAAAAACUUGUGGACCUCAUGAAUUCCAGUGUAAAAACAACAACUGUAUUCCAGAUCACUGGAGGUGUGAUAGUCAAAAUGACUGCAGUGAUAAUUCAGAUGAAGAAAACUGUAAGCCACAGACCUGUACAUUGAAAGAUUUUCUUUGUGCCAAUGGGGAUUGUGUUUCUUCAAGGUUUUGGUGCGAUGGAGAUUUUGACUGUGCAGAUGGUUCUGAUGAGAGAUAUUGUGAAACAAGUUGUUCCAAAGAUCAGUUUCGGUGUUCCAAUGGUCAGUGUAUAUCAGCAAAAUGGAAAUGUGAUGGUCAUGAAGACUGUAAAUAUGGAGAAGAUGAGAAAAACUGUGAGCCAGCUUCUCCUACUUGCUCAUCAAGUGAAUAUAUAUGUGCCACGGGAGGAUGUAUUUCCGCAUCUUUGAAAUGUAAUGGAGAAUAUGAUUGUGCUGAUGGUUCAGAUGAGAUGGACUGUGUGACUGAAUGUAAGGAAGAUCAGUUUCGAUGCAGAAAUAAAGCCUACUGUAUUCCAGUUAGAUGGCUGUGUGAUGGCAUCCAGGACUGCGUGGAUGGCAGUGAUGAAGAGAAUUGCGACAGAGGAGGAAACAUAUGUCGAACAGAUGAAUUUCUUUGCAAUAAUUCCCUGUGCAAACUACAGUUCUGGGUGUGUGAUGGUGAAGAUGACUGUGGAGACAACUCAGAUGAAACCCCUGAUAUGUGUGUCAAAUUUCUUUGCCCACCCACAAGACCUCACAGAUGCAGAAACAACAGAAUAUGCUUGCAGUCUGAGAAAAUGUGCAAUGGGGUUGAUGACUGUGGAGACAACUCAGAUGAAGAUCACUGUAGUGGUAAGCUGACAUACAAGGCCAGACCCUGUAAAAAAGACGAGUUUGCUUGUAGCAAUAAGAAGUGUAUCCCCAUGGAUCUUCAGUGUGAUCGACUUGACGACUGUGGAGAUGGCUCAGAUGAACAAGGCUGUAGAAUAAUUCCAACUGAAUAUACCUGUGAAGAUAAUGUGAAUCUGUGUGGAGAUGAUGCAUAUUGCAAUCAAAUAAAAACAUCUGUUUUCUGUCGCUGUAAGCCUGGAUUUCAGAGAAACAUGAAAAACAGACUAUGUGAAGACCUUAAUGAAUGUUUAGUGUUUGAUACAUGUUCCCAUCAAUGUAUAAAUGUGGAAGGAUCAUACAAAUGUGUGUGUGACCCGAAUUUUCAAGAAAGAAAUAGCACCUGCAUAGCAAAAGGCUCUGAAGAUCAAGUUCUCUACAUUGCUAAUGACACUGAUAUCCUGGGUUUUAUAUAUCCAUUCAACUACAGUGGUGAUCAUCAACAAAUUUCUCAUAUUGAACAUAAUUCAAGGAUAACAGGGAUGGAUGUAUAUUAUCAAAGAGAUAUGAUUAUAUGGAGUACUCAGUUUAAUCCAGGAGGAAUUUUCUACAAAAGGAUUCAUGGCAGAGAAAAAAGGCAAGCAAACAGUGGCUUGAUUUGUCCUGAAUUUAAAAGGCCCAGAGAUAUCGCAGUUGACUGGGUUGCUGGGAAUGUUUAUUGGACUGAUCAUUCUCGAAUGCAUUGGUUCAGUUACUAUACGACUCACUGGACCAGUCUGAGAUAUUCUAUCAAUGUGGGGCAGCUGAAUGGACCCAACUGCACCAGACUCUUAACAAAUCUGGCUGGAGAACCCUAUGCUAUUGCUGUCAACCCGAAAAGAGGGAUGAUGUACUGGACUGUUGUUGGGGAUCACUCCCACAUAGAAGAAGCAGCCAUGGAUGGAACACUGAGAAGGAUUUUAGUACAAAAGAAUUUACAGAGACCCACAGGUCUGGCGGUGGAUCAUUUUAGUGAACGGAUAUAUUGGGCCGACCUUGAACUCUCUGUUAUUGGCAGUGUUCUAUAUGAUGGUUCUGAUUCAGUAGUCUCUGUCAGCAGUAAACAAGGCUUAUUGCAUCCACAUAGGAUUGAUGUCUUUGAAGAUUAUAUAUAUGGAGCAGGACCUAAAAGUGGUGUAUUUCGAGUACAAAAAUUUGGUCAUGGUUCAGUGGAAUACUUAGCUUUAGAUAUUGAUAAAACAAAAGGUGUUUUGAUAUCUCAUCGCUAUAAGCAACUAGACUUACCCAAUCCAUGCCUGGACUUAGCAUGUGACUUCCUCUGUUUGCUGAACCCUUCUGGGGCCACCUGUGUGUGCCCAGAAGGAAAAUAUUUGAUUAAUGGCACCUGCAAUGAUGACAGCAUGUUAGAUGAUUCUUGCAAAUUGACUUGUGAAAAUGGAGGAAGAUGCAUUUUAAAUGAAAAGGGUGAUUUGAGGUGUCAUUGUUGGCCCAGUUAUUCUGGAGAAAGAUGUCAAAUCAACCACUGUAACAACUACUGUCAAAAUGGAGGAACUUGCAUGCCAUCAACUCUGGGAAGACCCACCUGCAGCUGUGCACUGGGGUUUACUGGACCAAACUGUGGUCAAACUGUGUGUGAAGAAUUUUGUCAAAAUGGAGGGACCUGCGGUGUGACUCCUGGAAACCAGCCUUACUGCCAGUGCCAGCCUGAACACACUGGGGACAGAUGUCAGUACUAUGUCUGUCACCACUAUUGUGUAAAUUCUGAAUCUUGUACCAUUGGGGAUGAUGGAAGUGUUGAAUGUGUCUGUCCAACACGCUACGAAGGACUGAAAUGUGAGGUUGACAAAUGUGUAAGGUGCCAUGGGGGGCAUUGCAUUAUAAAUAAAGACAGUGAAGAUAUAUUUUGCAACUGCACUAAUGGAAAGAUAGCCUCUAGCUGUCAGUUAUGCGAUGGCUACUGUUAUAAUGGUGGCACAUGCCAGCUGGACCCCGAGACAAAUAUACCUGUGUGUCUAUGUUCCAGCAACUGGUCAGGCACACAGUGUGAGAGGCCAGCACCAAAGAGCAGCAAGUCUGAUCAUAUCAGCACAAGAAGCAUUGCCAUCAUUGUGCCUCUUGUCCUCUUGGUGACUUUGAUAACCACCUUAGUAAUUGGCUUAGUGCUUUGUAAAAGAAAAAGAAGGACAAAAACUAUUAGAAGACAACCUAUUAUCAAUGGAGGAAUAAAUGUAGAAAUUGGUAAUCCAUCUUAUAACAUGUAUGAAGUGGAUCAUGAUCACAACGAUGGAGGUCUUUUAGAUGCUGGUUUUAUGGUAGAUCCAACAAAGGCGAGGUAUAUAGGGGGAGGGUCCAGUGCUUUCAAGCUUCCACACACAGCGCCACCCAUCUACCUAAACUCUGACUUGAAAGGACCACUGACAGCUGGGUCAACAAAUUACUCCAAUCCGGUGUAUGCAAAAUUAUACAUGGAUGGACAAAACUGUCGAAACUCCUUAGGAAGUGUUGAUGAAAGGAAAGAACUACUUCCAAAGAAAAUAGAAAUUGGGAUAAGAGAGACAGUGGCAUAAUCAAUGAAUACUUUUUUAUGCUGUAUAAAUGUAUAAAAUAUAAGUAUUACUUUUGUAUGUUCCAACAGUAUUAUACUUGGUUUGGCAUCAGCAUUACCUCUUUCUUUAUCUUUUCCCUGGUAAAUUGUUUUCUGUUGUUUUUUUUAUUUUAUUUUUUGCUGAUGACUAUUGAUGGACCAUUUGUAUGGUAUUUUUAUGAACAAGAACUGCACUACAGUACAAUUUACAACAAUGCUGCUGAUAUGACACACCUUUGAAUUUGUUAAAAUUAAAAAUAACAUAUUCCUUUGUAGUGUGAAUAUGAGCAAUCUAUUUUAUAUGAACUUUCUGAGUUCUAACUUAGUCAACAAAGAGGAUCUCUGCACUUUUUCUGUAUUUAGACUGAAAGCUAUAAUACAAUGUCAUUCUCCUUUUCUGGUUAAACUAGUGGAAGAUGAUUGAAUGGUCAACUCUCUUCUUUGUGCCCAUUAAGAUUGAUUCAGUCUGAUGAAAAUAUAUGGGCCUCACAAGUUCAGUAUCACCGCUUUAAAUUAGUCUUAGAUUGCCAAGUGAUAGAUGAGAAUUUUGAGGAAAAUCUUUUUAAAAUACAUAAAAUUAAGAAUUUGCAUGAACACAUGAUUACAUUUCCCAAAAUUUAGUGGAUUCUAUGUGAUAUACUAAACGAAUACACUCUAUAAGCAAUAGUUAUAUAUAUAAGUGGUAGAACAUAGCAAAAAUAUAACCAAAGUGGAAAAACAACACUUGCUAUGGGAUUAGAUCUUUUGUUUUCCCUUAGUUGUGAGGUAAGAGUGAGCCGAGAGCACAAUGGGGCAUUGGAUAAUAAUAAUCUUAGGAACUUCUUCCCUGUCACUUGCAUUUUGUAGAAGGUUAACUGAAGCCCUUACCACAGAGAACCUGAAAGAAAAAUAUAUAAGCACACAAAGUAAUGGUAGACUUUCAACUGUGUGAACGCAUUCUCUCUGCUAGCUCAAAAGGAAGAAGCAAAAGAACCAUCAUGGUGUAGAGUAAUGGUAAAAUAUUUUUGAUAAAUAAUAUGACUAAUCCAAUAUUUGCCUGACCCAAAAUACCUUCUUAAGAGGCUUUCCAAAUUGUAGAGAAACAAUUAUCUGACCUUAAUCAAAGAUGGAGAGUAUACAUACUGACCAGUAACUCUGUUUUUCUGUCUUCUUUUGGUUAUGCAAAACCAUGGACCACAUUUGCUUUUGUUUGUUUUCAAAUUUUGAUUGAAACAAGUGCGAUUUAUUUAAGUUGUAUAAAAAAAAAGGAAUAGCAUUUUUAUACAAAUAUCUUUAAAGGCACAAAAGAUUUAUUCACAAGGUAUGGAGGGCUUUUUGCUCCUCUGAUAGACAUGACUGACUUUUAGCUGUCAUAAUGUAUUAACCUAACAGAUGAAAUAUGUUUGUGGUUGCUCUUUAUCCCUUUGUACAAGCAUUAAAAAACUGCUGUUUUAUAAAGAGACUUUUUGUUGUACUAUGUGCAUGCAUACUACCUAUUUCUAAACUUUGCCAUAUUGAGGCCUUUAUAAACUCUUGAUUUAUGUAAUACUAGUGCAAUUUUGCUUGAACAAUGUUAUGCAUAUCAUAAACUUUUUCAGGUUCUUGUUUAAGUACAUUUUUUAAA